AUGGAUUCGCUACGUGGUCGACUAUACUAUAUUUCACGUAUUUUAACAAGCAGUAAAUAUCGUUUUCUAGUCAUAUUGAUCCUUCUAUCAUUUAUAUCGUUCCAUAUGUUAAAUACAAACCGAAUAUCACUUUAUCAAGAUUUAGAACAAUUUAAUCAUUCUAAUUCGCCUUCUUAUCUGAUAGAAAAAGAGAAAGUUCUUGUUCCUGUGAAUAUUUGGCGAUUAUUUGAUCAUCAGGUUGUCUGUCAUGAUCAACAAGGUGUGCUCGAUCGAACUGAAUUAAUCAAUCAAAUCUCGAAAACUUGCAACAUUCAAUUGAAUGGAACUAUCUCGAUCGAUCUCCAUCCACCGAAUGAUUUCCAAGUACGUUCACCCUCCACAUCCAAAUAUGCUCAAUUAUGGCAAACAACGAAGAAAUGCUCAUUGUAUGAGAAUGAAACUGUCGCAAUCGUGAUACCAUACCGUGAUCGAGAAAACAAUCUACGAAAUUUGUUAUAUAAUUUAGUACCAUUUUUAAAUCGACAAUCCAUUGUAAAUUAUAAAAUAUUUAUUGUUGAACAGCAAGCACUAGGUGCAUUCAAUAAAGCUCGAUUAAACAAUUUUGCAUUUCAUUAUUUAAUGAAAACAUAUAAACCCACAUGCGUGAUUUUUCAUGAUGUUGAUCUCAUCCCAGAGAACAAUCAAAAUUUAUAUACAUGUUUAACAUCAGCUGAUCAUCCUAUUCAUAUGUCAGCUAAUGUACGUUCUCAACUCGAAGGGAAAUACACGAAAAUCUAUUCGUUUCUCGUCGGUGGAGUUCUAGCAAUCCGCCCGAAGAGUUUUCAGUUUUUGAACGGUUAUUCGAAUCAAUAUUUUAACUGGGGUGGAGAAGAUGAUGAUAUGGGUUUACGAUUCUUAGCUAAAGAUACGUGUGUGCAACGACCGAUAACUGGUUUUUAUUAUGCAGCUUCACAUUCAUCACAAACACGAAAUCCCAAACGCGUUCGUCUUUUAUUUGAUGCAGUCAUUCGACAAGAUACGGAUGGACUUAGUAAUAUCGAUAGAUUAGCGAAAAUAGCAAAUGUGCAAGAAUAUCCGCUCGUUACUUGGAUGACAGUUGAAUGGAUCGAUAGUCGUUUGUUUGUUUCAUAA